AAGACUUUUCUACGCAAAAGAAAAAGCUUACACAAAAUACGGUUAGAAUCGCCGCCACCACUAAUUUUCUCAGUGAUCAAGGAUUCAAGAAGGGAAGAUGAAGUGAAGAACCUUAACUAAGGAGCACUCUCCUUUGAAUUCAGUCUGGUGCAAAAGGGGGUCGGGUUUUCUCAGUCGGGUCGACCCGGAUUCAAACGGUUGGAAGAGUUGACUAUUUGGCGCCAAAACAAGACACUCUGUGUAGUUCUUCGAAUUGGGCGAAGCUGGCGAGGUUAGAUGCCUUUAGUUUCUCAUGAAUAAGAGGAUACGAAUUCCCAAUUCUCGCGCGGGCAAGAUUCAUCUGUUCUCGGGUCGCAGCCGGAUCCAUGUAUUUUUCUCGAUGUCUCUUCAGACCAUCGACGCCCAAGAUCGAUUCUUUCUCCUUGAUCCAUCGUCUGAGCUUUGUUUCGGAUUUGGCUCGUCGGAACCUGAGCUAUGGACAUGUUUUACCCAGACAAGAUCAUGUGUAUGGUCGUCUACUGGAGAAUUGUCUGAAACAAUGCGGAAAGGUGAAGAGUCGCAAGGUGUUCGAUGAAAUGCCUCACAGACUUGAACAGGCCUUGAGAACUGGAAAAGCUGUGCAUGCCCAGAGCUUGAUACUUGGGUUCGGUUCGAAGGGUAUGUUAGGCAAUGCCAUUUUGGAUUUGUAUGCCAAAUGUGGGGAAGUGGGCUCUGCUGAGAAAGCUUUUGAAUUACUUGAAAAGGAUAUAACAGCGUGGAACUCGAUUCUGUCAAUGUAUUCCAGGAUUGGGCAAUCGGGGCGGGUUUUGAAGAGUUUCGUGUCGUUGCUUGAUAUCCAGGUUUCACCGAAUGUAUUCACUUUUUCGAUUCUUUUAUCGUCCUGUUCCAAGGAGAUGGAUGUACAGUUCGGCAGACAAACUCAUUGCAGCAUGGUAAAGAUGGGACUUGAAUCCUGUUCAUAUUGUGGAGGUGCUCUGGUUGAUAUGUACGCCAAAUGUGAGGUUUUAAGUGAUGCUCAACGGGCGUUUGAUGAGUUAGUGGACCCUAAUACGGUUUCCUGGACAUGUUUGUUUUCUGGCUAUGUCAAGGCAGGUUUACCCAAGGAAGCCGUGAGCGUAUAUGAAAACAUACGGGAUAUAGGCCAUAGACCCGACCGUUUAGCUUCCGUUACUGUCAUGAAUACGUAUGUCAGCCUGGGAAGACUGGAUGAUUCACGUCAAUUGUUUGCUGAGAUGCCGAGCCCAGAUGUAGUAGCAUGGAAUGUGAUGAUUUCAGGGCACAGCAAAAGAGGAUAUGAGGCGGAGGCUAUCAAAUACUUCCGUGACAUGCGAAAAUCUGGUGUUAAAUCUUCACGUUCUACAUUAGCAAGUGUUUUGAGUGCCAUUGCAAAUAUGGGGAAUCUUGAUUUUGGUUUGGUAGUUCAUGCUGAGGCUAUUAAACAAGGCCUUGCUCCCAGUGUUUAUGUAGGCAGUUCAUUGGUCAGCAUGUACACAAAAUGUGGGAAAAUGGAGGCUGCAGAGAAAGUAUUUGAUGAAUUGGAAGAGAAAAAUGAUGUCUUGUGGAAUUCAAUGUUGAGGGGUUAUGCACAUAAUGGUAACACUCACAAAGUCAUGGAACUUUUCAUGGAUAUGAAAUGCUCAGGUUUUGACCUUGAUGAUUAUACUUUUACAAGCAUCUUGAGCGCCUGUGCUUCAUUGCAAGAUCCAAAACCAGGCAAGCAGUUUCACUCAAUUAUUAUCAAGAAGAUGUUAGCGACAAAUCUAUUCGUCGGAAAUGCAUUAGUUGAUAUGUAUGCAAAAUGCGGUGCUCUAGAAGAUGCAAGGCAACUUUUUGAACGAAUGUGUGAUCGAGACAAUGUUUCCUGGAAUGCAAUAAUCAGUGGCUAUGUCCAAGAAGAAGAUGAGAUUGAGGCUUUCAACUUGUUCAAGAGGAUGAACUUGUGGGGUAUGUUGCCUGAUGAGCCAUGUUUGGUCAGCAUGCUAAACGCGUGUGCAAAUAUUCAAGGUCUUCACCAGGGAAAACAAGUUCACGGUAUCUCUGUCAAAUGUGGUUUAGAAACUGGCCUUUAUACGGUUAGCUCGCUCAUAGACAUGUAUGCCAAGUGCGGGAUCAUAGAAGAUGCACGUAGAGUUCUCUAUUCUGUGCCUGAGUGGAGCGUGGUGGCCGUGAAUGCUCUGAUCGGCGGUUAUUCUCAGAACAACUUAGAAAAAGCUGUAAUUCUGUUCCAAGAGAUGCUAGCUAGAAGUUUUGACCCAUCGGAAAUAACUUUUGCUGCGCUUCUUGAUGCUUGUCAUGAACCGAAAAGUCUGAUGGUGGGAACACAAAUCCAUGGUCAAAUAAUAAAGAGGGGUAUUUUGUAUGAUGAAGAAUACCUUGGCAUUUCUCUACUGGGUUUGUACAUGAACUCGCACAGAAUGAGAGAGGCAUGUGCUCUCUUCUCGGAGUUCUCAAGUCCUAGGAGUCCUGUGCUAUGGACCGGGAUGAUUUCAGGGUAUAGUCAGAAUGGUUUCCACGAGGAGGCUUUGCAGUUGUACAAAGAAAUGCAUCGUAAUGGUGCUUUAUCCGACCAGGCAACAUAUGUCAGUGUUCUUCAUGUGUGUUCCGCUCUAUCAUCUCUAAGAGAAGGUAGAGCCAUUCAUUCUCUUGUCAUCCGCUCAGCUUAUGACCUGGAUGAAUUGACCUCUAACUCCCUCAUUGAUAUGUAUGCUAAAUGCGGGGAUGUGAAAAGUUCAACACAGGUCUUCACUGAAAUGAGGCGCAAAAACAGCGUUGUCUCCUGGAACUCCAUAAUUAAUGGACUUGCAAAAAAUGGUUAUGCAGAUGAUGCCCUUAAAAUUUUUUAUGUGAUGAGGCGAGCCCGUAUUAUGCCCGAUGAUGUCACAUUCUUAGGUGUUCUCACAGCAUGCAGCCAUGCAGGGAAAGUGUCUGAAGGGCGGGAGAUUUUCGAGAUGAUGGUUAGUCAAUAUGGUAUUAAGCCUUGUGUAGAUCAUUCUGCUUGUAUGGUUGAUCUACUCGGAAGAUGGGGUUAUCUUCGAGAAGCCAGUGAGCUCAUAAAAGAGACUGAAAACCUGAAACCAGAUGCAAGAUUAUGGGCAUCCCUUCUUGGUGCUUGCACAAUUCAUGGAGACGACAAUAGAGGGAAAAUGGCUGCUGAAAAGCUCAUAGAGCUGGAACCAGAUAACUCGGCGGCCUAUGUACUUCUUUCGAACAUAUACGCAUCGCAGGGACGCUGGGAAAAGGUCAAUGCUUUGAGGAAAGCCAUGAGAGACAGUGGAGUGAAGAAAUCACCUGGGUGUAGCUGGAUUGAUGUCACACAAAAAACACACGUUUUUGUUGCAGGAGACAAAUCUCAUCCCGAUACAGUCAAGAUCGAGACAGUUCUAAAAGGCAUUGAUGAACUGAUGAGAGAUGACUCCAUUGUUAAUCAUGAUAUGGUGGAAUCUACUUCUCAUCUGGUCUAUGUGUAACACUAAAGUAGCCAUAUACAAAGUUCAUAUACAAAGGGCAUGAUUGGAACGCCGAGGGCUACUGCAUCUGCGUUCGGCUGUAAAUAUUUACAAUUGCUGAGUUCGAAUACCAAUCCGAGUUCAAGGAUAAAAGAUAAGAUGCCCUUGUUACCCAAACCAACUCAAUACAAUGCUCCUAUUUUCUUCUAAAUUCCAACCACACCCACCACCGACCAGAAAAACUGUCAUCAUCCAUGAAAAAAAAAAACAUUCUCAGGUCGUUUGUGCUGCCAUUCUUCACCAUCUUCCGGCCGUAACCACCCUCCGGUACCUUCUCAACAUUAGGACAAAGACAAAUAAAGAGGAAAGAGGAGAGACAUUUUUUGUUGUCACAUUGUAAUAUAUGUGAUGAAGAGAUCGGAGAAACCCAGAUGAAUAUCCCGGUUCCAAUUGAGACUCGAACUUGGAGUAGAAGCAUAUUAGAUUGUAAGAUGGAUGAUGAAAAUGAGUUGUUGGAUAUAAGUACGGUCCACAAUAUUUUUGGUUUGUUUGUCAAAAACAUAAUAUUUUCUUGGAUAUAUAAGUGAUGAAUAUUAAUUAUGAUAUUAUUA